CUCCACACUCAAACACACACACCACACUCCCAAUCUCAACCCUAAAAAAUCACUUCCACUUUCAAACACAUUUAUAAUCAACAAAACCAUGGCCGGAGUGAUGAAGUUCUUGUGCUCGGUCCUCAUCGCGGCCGCAUUGAUCGCAGCCAUUGCUCCUCCGAGCGAGGCCGCGAUCUCAUGCGGCACUGUGAUUUCAUACCUCCAAGCAUGCCUCCCCUAUGUGACAAAUAGGGGCCCGCUUGGGAGGUGCUGUGGCGGCGUAAAGGGUCUUUACGGCGCUGCCAAGACGACGCCGGACAGGCAGGCCGUCUGCACCUGCCUGAAAUCCCUCGCCGGGUCAACCUCCGGCGUCAACUUUGGCAAGGCCGCAGGCCUCCCCAGCCAGUGCGGUGUCAGCAUUCCGUACAAGAUCAGCCCUUCCACUGACUGCUCCAAGGUGAAGUGAGGAUCAGUUGUAUUCUGACAGCCUAGCUACGUUGAAGUACAAUGAAUAAAACAAGAUAUUAGUUGUAACAUUUAAUGGUUUCUUUCCAUUGGAUAAGAUGAACCAAUAUUUACUUUUAUAUUAUUAAUGAGAGUGACUUCUAUUUA